UGUCGAUCUCAGAUCGAUUAAUCGAAAAAUCGAUUAUUUACCGAGAAAUAAUCGAUUUUUUGAAUCGAUUCGAGACGGUGGAUCGAUUCAAUGAAUCGAUCUAAGAACUGCCCGAAUCGGACCGAUUCACGUUAUAAUGGUUUCAUGUCAUAUCUCACGUCACAAAAGAUGUAAACCGCUAACAGUAUCGACACUUUCAUAACAUCUUUACGACAUCCUUAAUGCGAGUCAGGAGUGGCAACUUUCCAAAAGAAAAAACUACUUUUCUUCUACAAUGUUUGUAGCAUUUUAAUUUUAUAGCGGUUUCUGAUCUAGGGACUUUAGUUUCCGUUGGUACGUGGUGCGCACUGAGUGUAUUUCUAUCUCUGUUAAGUGACGUUUGACGUUGAGUAAUAAAGACAAAGAACAAAAAUAUAUUCGAUGCGCAUUAGCCCCAAUGGAAACCGCUAUUAGUAUUUCGACAUGUGACAAGACUGACAACAUAACUUUACUGACUUGACAAGUGCAUGAUUAUUGCAAUAAUAAAUUAUUGUAAUAAACGAUUGCAAACAAUGAUUGCAAAUUAUUAGGUAAACUUUGAUUAAAGGCUGUCUCCGCUCCUCCUUCAAGCUCCAGCUCCAGCCUCCUCCUACCUCGUAAUCCUCGUGCAAGCAAGAAUCGUAAUUCUUGGUCCUCGUCCUCGUGUUAUUUUUAGUUUUAAAAUUGUGUUUGCUUGUGUUAUAUUCUGAUAAAAUCAAAUACAGGAUCAAAUACACGAUCCGAAAGGUAAGUGAAACAUAAAUUAUUAUAUAUAUAUACAGUAUGUUUGUUAAAACAUUCUUUUUUUUCUUAGCCUAAAAUGUCAAGUAAAAGUGAUACCUGGAAACAUUUUGUAAAAAAAGGAUCCAGUGGCAUAUGUAAGCAUUGUCACAUUGAAGUGAAGACAUGCGGAAACACAACAAAUUUACGUAACCAUUUAUUACGUAGACAUCCAACUAUCAAGACCGUAAGUCAACGUAAGCAAGUGGUGGCAAAGGCAAAUAAUCAUAUUGGUGGUGGUAACAAAGAAAUAGAAAUAAAUAAUAUUGAUGCUCCUUCAACUUCAAAAGAGAAACCUGUCACAUUAUGUUAUGAAAACGAAUCAAGUUUGAUUAGUUCAAAAGACUGUGAUUCUGACUUGGAAAGUGUAGCAUCAUCAUCAGUAUCACAGGAAAAGUCAAACUUUAAUCAGCUAACUAUGGAUUUAUGUGUUAAUAAUAUCAAAUCAUUCAAAGUAAAUGGAAAUAAGAAUGGACAAAUAAAUAAUGCCAUCAUGUUCAUGAUCUGUAAGGAUUCAUUACCACUGAACACAGUUGAGAAAGAAGGGUUCCAGUACCUCAUGAAAACAACAGUGCCUUUAUAUAAACUUCCUUCACGACGCACAGUUACUCAAAUGAUAGAUGACAAGUAUGAUAUUGUUUCACUGCAAUUCAAGGAAAAGCUUGUAGAUGUGGAGUCAAUAUGUUUAACUACGGACAUCUGGACAGACCCACAUAAUACAAGGAGUUACAUGGGUCUAACAGGCCAUUUUAUUGAUGAAGGUGACCUGAUGAGUAUAAAUUUUGGUGUGUCACAUUUAACUGAACCUCACAAUGCGGAUUACUUGACUCAAAUGAUAACUACAAUGGCGGAAAAAUGGGGCAUAACAUCAGAAAAAGUUACAGCUGUCAUAACGGACAAUGGUGCCAACAUAGUGAAGGCGGUAAUAACAGCGUAUGGGAAAUCAAAACACAUAUGGUGUUUUGCACAUACACUAAAUUUAGUGGCUCAAAAACCUUUUGAAGAGAAAGAUGGUGUAGAGAGUGCUAAAGCAUUGCUACACAUUAUAAAGGAUAUAACUAGAUACUUCAAACAAAACGUUAAUGCUGCUGAUGCCCUUCGUAAAGCUCAAAAUAAUACAGGACUACCACUCAAAUUGAUUCAGUCUGUUUGUACAAGAUGGAACUCUAUAUAUUACCAGAUAGAACGGUUUGUGAAAUUAUCAGAGUUUAUAGCUCCAAUAUUACUCAACCACCCGAAAGCUCCAUCUAUGUUGUCAGCAAGUCAAUUAGAUGCUAUUAAAGAUCUCAUAAAUAUCUUGAAACCCAUGGAAGCUGUCACAAAAGAAGUGUGUGCAGAAAAAUUUGUAACGUCGAGCAAAAUAAUUCCAAUAGUAUCAUGUCUUUUUGAAACAUAUAGUGCAAUGAAGACAGAAACAGAAGUUGGCACUGCAACAAAAAAAUUAAUAAUAGAGGGAUUUAAAAAAAGGUUUGGCACAGUAGAACAAGUCAACAUGCUGGCCAUAUCAACUAUACUUGAUCCAAGAUUUAAGAAAAUACAUUUUUCUGAUAAACUGGCAUGCUCGAAAGCCAUCGAUAAAAUCAAUACUAUGAUUAGGAUUUUCAAAAACCAGUUAGAAAAAGAUGUAACUCAUGAAAAUUCAGCCCAUAUUCAACCCCAGAUUACAGAAGCAGAGGAGCCUAAUAUUUGGGAAUUCCAUAAUAAAUUGGUGAAAAAUCAGCGUCAUUCAAUUUCUCAAGAGAUUCAAGGAGAAGGUUUGCAAGAUGAAUUCAAGCAUUAUUUGGCCCAGCCUGUAGUCGACCUCAACACUACCAAUCCCAUCUCAUACUGGCACAAUCACAAACAUUCCUUUUAUAGUUCAAUAAGGCCAAUUGCUAAUAGGUAUUUCUGUGUAGUUGGAACAUCUGUUCCUUGUGAACGACUUUUUUCUGUUGCGGGAAAUAUUGCAAGUGAUGAAAGGAGUCGCUUAGAUCCUGAGCGGCUAGAUAAAUUAAUUUUUUUAAAAUCACUUGAUUUCAAUUAUUGGGAAAUGUAAAUUAAUAAAUGCCAAGUAGAUA